AAUAAAAGAAUUUAAUCAAGAAAAUGAUUUUAUGUAAUUGAAUUGUCAAAUGGAUUCACCAAAACCUUUCUUAAUUUCUUCAGCUGACGGAUCAAUAACAAAAUUAAAAUCUGUUAGAGAAAUACCUGAAGAAUACAGAAAAGUUUUCCCAUUUCUAUAUUUUAAUGCCUUACAAUCGAAACUUUUUGAUAAGGUAAUGUAUUCAGAUAACCCUAUUGUAGUUUGUUCUCCUACUGGAUCAGGAAAAACAGUAUUGUUUGAACUAUGUAUUAUUCGUUUCUUACUGAAAAGUGGUGCCUCUCAUUCCUUAUACAAAGUUGUUUAUAUGGCUCCAAUUAAAGCACUAUGCAAUGAAAGGUAUCAAGAUUGGAAAGACAAGUUUGGAAUAUUUGGAUUGCGCUGUACUGAACUAACAGGAGACACAGACCUUGAUGAUUUCCAAGAACUUCAAUAUUCCAAUAUUAUUUUUACAACACCGGAAAAAUGGGAUAAUCUGACUAGAAAGUGGAAAGAUUACAAGUCUUUGUUUCAGUCAGUUAGAUUAUUUAUGAUAGAUGAGGUACACUUGCUUAAUGAUAAUGCGCGAGGUGCAACCAUGGAAGCUGUUGUCAGCCGUAUGAAAACUGUUCAAGUUGCCAUCAAUAAUGAAAAAAAUAAAACUGACAACCAAGAUAUGAGAUUUAUUGCAGUGUCAGCAACAAUUCCUAAUGUUGAUGAUAUUGCUGCUUGGUUAGACACUGGAUUUCUUCCUGCUUUUGGAGUUAGUCUUGGCAAUGAGUAUAGACCUGUACAGUUAAAGAAAGUUGUUUUAGGUUAUGAACCUGAGAAAAAAUCAGAUUUUAUGUUUGAUCUGACUCUUAGUUACAAGUUAAGUGGCGUAAUACGAACACACUCUGACAAUAAGCCAACAUUAAUUUUUUGUUCCACUCGCAAAAGCGUGGUGCAAGCCGCUGGAAUUCUUGUUAAAGAUCAAAAAAUUUUUAUAGAUUCUCGACAAAGACAAAGGCUGUUUAGUUAUGCUAAUAGUAUCCAUGAUUCCAAAUUACAAGAUUGUGUUAAACAUGGUUGUGGUUAUCAUCAUGCUGGUUUAAACAUAAAUGAUCGAAAGCGUAUUGAAGAAAUAUUUUCUACUGGGGAUCUUCCAGUACUGGGUUAAUCUACCUGCUCACCUUGUAAUAAUAAAAGGAACUAUGCAUUAUGAAAUGAGCAGUACUGUUGAGUAUUCUGAAGCCCAAAUUUUACAAAUGAUGGGUCGAGCUGGUCGACCACAGUUUGAUACGUCUGCAACUGCUGUGGUGAUGACAAAAAAUCAAAACAAGAAAAGAUAUGAAGAUCUUGUGUCAGGCAACCAAAACAUUGAAAGCAGCUUACAUCACCAUUUAACUGAGCAUUUAAAUGCAGAAAUUGUCCUAGGAACAAUAGAAAAUGCUGAUGUUGCUCAAGACUGGUUAAAGUCAACUUUUUUAUACAGAAGGAUGCAAGAAAAUCCCAAAUACUAUGGGGCUCCUGAAGGUUUGGAUAAAGAUGCUCUUGGGAAAAGAUUACAAGCUAUGUGUUUGCUUUCAUUGAAGACGCUUCAAACAUUACAUUUGGUGACUUGUGAUAGUAGUUACCAACUUAAAUCAACUGAAACCGGAAAGUUACUGGCCAGAUACUGUGUUGAUUUAGAAACAAUGAAGUUGUUUUCUACUGUUAAUGGAAAUGAGGACAUGGCAGACAUGAUUUCACUUUUAUCCAAUGCUGAAGAAUUUAAAGAAAUAACUAUCCGUCAGAAUGAGAAAAAAGUUCUUAAUAUGCUAAACAAAGACAAGGAAAAAGUGACCAUAAGAUUUCCUUUGUCUUCAAAGAUAACUAGUACUGCAAUGAAGAUUAAUUGUCUUUUACAAGCCGCUCUUGGAUGUCUUUCAGUCGUUGAGUUUUCACUUUUGCAAGAUACUGCGAAAAUAUUUCAAGUUGGUCAAAGAAUAUCUAGGUUCAUGAUGGAAUACUUUCUGCUUCAAAAUAACUUCCAGACUGCUCUUAACUCUGUACUAUUGUGCAAAUGCAUUCGUGCAAAGUUGUGGGAAAAUUCUCCAUAUGUCUCUCGACAAUUAGAAAAAAUAGGUGCAACACUAUCAGCUGCAUUAGUGAAUGCAGGGCUCACAUCAUUUCAAAAGAUGGAGGAAACAAAUCCAAGAGAAAUAGAAUUGAUUUUAAAUCGUCAUCCACCAUUUGGUUCACAGGUCAAGGAGCUAAUUUCAUCUCUUCCAAAAGUUGAUUUGAUCAUUGAGCAGGAAGGCAGUUUUAGCUCAACUCAAGCCAAUAUAUUAGUAAAAAUAAUGUUGUUAAAUAACAAAGAUGUGCAACAUCAUCAACAUCUUUUAAUUAUUGGUGAUGCUGAUAAUAAAAUUGUUUUUAAGCAAAAGUUGUUUAUUCACAACUUUCAUGGACAUGUAUGGUCUAAAAAGAUUACAGUCAUCAGAAGUUUUAUAAAUGCUGCUAUUAGUGUUAACCUUAUCAAUUUAUUUUAUGUUGGUUUAGAUGUACAAACAUCAUUUACUCCUGUUUACAGUGGGGAUUUAAAUAAAAAUUUCUUUGAGGAAAACUCCUACAUUGCAGACUCGACAUUCAAGAAGAUGAAACCCUAUGUAGACUGCAAUCAUAAGUGUGUAAACAAAAUGAACUGUGGUCAUCGUUGUUGCAAACCUGUUCUUCAUAGAAUCUCUGAAUCUAACAAACGAUGUUCAAAAGGUGAAGCCAGCUGUCUUCAAAAGUUGCCACCAAAAAGAUCUAAAGCAACAUCCAAACAAGAUCUUCAGAAUCUUAAUUUGGUUACUUCAAAAAAUGUUAUUAAUGGUCUUGAAGCGUUUUCUUACAAACCCAAAAUGUCAGGUUAUAUCAAGAAUGACAAUGAUCAGAAUGAAAAUCAAGUUUGUAAACGUCAAAAACUUAUAGAUGGAGGUAUAUUAUCUCAAGUGGACACAUUUCAAAGUUUACGUGCACAAAACAGCUUUUAUGAUGAUUUUUCUGUUUCUAAUCUUUUUGAUGAUAUUACCACAGAUCAAAAAUUGACUGAUGUCGAAGAAACAAUUGACCAAUUUGGAAGAUUUGAGGAAGAUUUUUAUGAAGAUACUAUGGUAAAAGGUGAUCAAUCACAAAUGGUUCCUGUGCUAAAUAAAUUUAAUAAUGAAAAAGAUUAUUUUUCAAGUAUGAAUUUGGUGACAAGAGCUUCUCUUCUCAACCACUCAACUACAAGAGUAAAGGCGAAUUUACUACCAAAUCGAAUGAAUGAUUAUAAUUGUAGUUUAACUUCAGAGUCAUUAACAGAACCAACAACAUUGCAUAGUAAUGCAAAAACGUUGAAGAUACCCAAUAAAAAGGCUAAACUGUCAAAGCCUUGUUACAGCAUAACAAAUACACAUAAUAAUAGCCAUAUAAACCCAAGUUUUAUUUUUGAUAGCAAAUAUUCUAGAAAUAUUGAAGAUCAUUCAGAAUACCUGAAUAGCUUAUCUGGUUUGUCUCAUGAGGCAAACUUUGCAUUUCAAAAAAAAAUUAGUCGUGCUGAAACCAAGCAUUUAAAUGAUUGUAAGUUAUCUAAAAUUCCGGCAAAAAAUCCUAUACCACAUUGUGGAUAUGUUAAAAAAAAAGAGUUUUUGGAAUCUUUAAAUACAAUUCAUAAUACAGAAUUGGAGAACAAAGAUUUUUCAUCUGGUUUUGAAAAAAUUGAAACUCCAACUGUAAAUAAGCAGCAAAAAACUGAUAUAAAAGGUUUUAACAAGAAUUUGGAUGAAAUUGAGUUUAAAAUAUCUGAUGAAAAUAAGGAUUCAAAGGAAUUUUUUUUUAAAAGUAUAACAAAUGUUUGUUCAGAUCCUCAAUUUAGUAAAAGUUUGUCUUCAACUGAUUAUUCGCAUGCUAAACGGAAAAUAUAUUUUUCAAAUGUUCAAUAUAAUGAUAAAGAAAAUAUCACAGAAAACUGGCAGAGUUCAAUUUUCACGAUUAACAACCAUGUUCAGUCUGGAAAUAUGGUGCAAAAGCUUCAAGAUAAUCCUGACGACAAUUUCGAUUUUAUUGACAUAUAGAGAAAAUAUUUGUGAAUAUGUCUCUAACGAAUCAUGCUAGUUAUACAAAAAGUUCAUAGUUUUUUCCGAAUUUGAUGUGUUGUGUUUAUUGUGAUUGGGCAAAAUCAAUAAAGCUUUGCUUAGACUGCUUGCAUCAUUAAAUCGCUUAUCAAGUUUUACAUUCUUUAUAAUUUAUCAAUAAAUCCAUUCUAAAACAAAAAAAUUUUUCCUUGUAAUUUUUAGCACUAAGUCACCUAUUUCUUUUAGCGUAUAAAUAGAUCUUUUACUUUAUUAGUUAUCGGUUAUUAUUUUUAAAUCUUAAUUGAUUAUGUAAAAUGUUCCGAUUAGUUGGUAUUUUAUUAUGUAUGUAAUGAUUAUUAUGUUUUA